CAAGCAAUAGCAAAAAUAAUGGAAAAAUGGGCCUUAUGACAGAUCAAUAAAAGUAGGGUAUCAAAGUUGACAGGAGCAUCAUGAAAAUCUAAGACAGUGAUGCUCUGAUGAUGGUCCCAAAAAACAAGUGUACGACACAUUGACUGUAUUGAAACAGGACCUCAUCGAGCGACGCGCAUUGAAAUAUUUUUUGUGAUAGCAAUUUGGACACUACCCACACACACGCUUUUGGUGCCCUUCGAGCAUCUGUGUCUUUAGUUCUCUUAUUUUCUCUUACUUUCUCUUCCUUUAGAUAGCCUUUUUCCCCCUCCCCCCGACAAGAUGGCGAACGAAAGCGCGAAGUUUAUGAAGAAUGCCUACAUAGGCUGGACCAACACGGUGGGGUUGCACUACGGCCAUGACUACGACCCGGAGCAGGUUCGGAAGAAGGACUACGAGCACAAGCUGCGGCUGAAAAAGAUGAAAUUGUACAAGAAGGAGAUGAUCGAGAUCAGUAUGAUCAUCCCCUUCACCUUCAUCUGCACCACCUGCGGCGAGUUUAAUUACAUAGGUACGAUUUUUUUUUUUUUAUCAUUAAGUACGUUCUUUAUCUUUUGCUUUCCUCCCUUCAUCUUCCCAUUGCUCUGUCCUGUGGUCGGAAGUAGUGGGCCUGGAACUGAUUUACCCCAAAACAUCAAAAUGAAAUUCAGGUAAGAAACUUCGCAUGGAGAUGGAGGCUAUACGAGGGCGGAUAGAGUGCGGACUCCAGGUGUACCGAUUCUACGCCAAAUGUCCGAAUUGCCACGCGCGGUUCACCUUUCGAACCGACCCGGCCACGCAGGGGUACACGCUGGAAAGCGGCGGAAAACGUACCUACGAGCACGGGCAGGACGUGGCCGCGGGGGAGGAGUUGCUGGAAAAAAACGAAAAAGAAGCGGCACAGGAAUCCGAUUUGAAGCGGAUCGAGCAGGCCGCCGCCCAGGCCGCCGACGAGAUGCAAAUGUACAACGCACUGGAGGAAACCAUGGCCAUCCAGCGGCGGGGCGGCCGGGACCGCGACGCGGUGAUUUCCCGGGCGCUCGAAGCUUUGGACUUCCUCUACUUCGCCGCACAGGAGCAGGCAGAGGCGGAGGAACAGCAAGCGGCCGCCAUGGAUUUCGAACAGUACCUGGAAUUCAUGCAGCUGCAGCGCGACGAGGCCCGGGAGGCGCGGCGCGAAAGAAUAGACUGGGAGCUGGGCGGCGGGGCGACUGGCGAAGGUUGUUCCGCGAAGUCGGCAGCACAGCUAGGCGUGAAGUCGGACAUGUUCCGCCAAACCGUGGGGCCGGCACUAGCGGAGUCCGCGGCACAGAUGAAAAAGAACAAGACAGAAAACAGAAGCGACACGGGGAUGUUCGGCAACAAAGCGGACCAAGUAGAGGAAAAGCCGCAGCUACGGGACAUCCGGCAAAAGCCAAAAUUCCAGCGCAAAAAGCAACCUGGUCUUGGAGCUGGAAGCAGCGGAAUAGCAGCAGCGGCGAGGGAUCGAAGUCCGAAGAGGGAUGCUGCAGUAGGAGCUCCACCAGCGAAGCAGCCCGCUGGAAUAUCAGGCUACAGUGACUCCAGCGAUGGGUAACGGAUACUGGCUAAGUUGUCCCCACAGCGUUUCGGUUCUUCGUGUUUCUGUCCAAAGAAUCGAAGGACCAAAAGCCUGAACUGGUGAGUAGGGCGAACUGAGGCCGCUGGGUAAGCCGAGAUGGCUGGUGUUGAACACGCAAAGUGCUAGCCGCUGUCCGGCCAACGCUACCGCGUAGCUGGGGCGGACUGAUCGAUCCAGAUAAAAGCGACGAACGAAAAAAGUGAGAUGAUGUUCGGAAAAGCGACCUUCAAAAAAGCGACACGAUGUAUCAAGCAAAGU